GUUGAGAAAUAAUAUUGUAGUUAAUUACUUGCUUAAAUAUUUAUGCUAAGAUUAAGCUAAACGGCGUCGUUUUGAGGUCUCAUCGAAAUCAAGAUCAAGAUUUGUCCGGAGGCCAAAACCACCACCGAGUCCACCGUCGGAGGUUCUGAUUUUCCGAUCGAUUUCUCUCUUAGUCGCUAUAAUCCAUGGGGAAAGGCGGCGGAUGCGUUCCUAGCAAGCAGAAAUCGCGGAAGUCGGCCACGUUAGAUGCGGCGGAGGAUGAGUCUGCCGUUCCAGAAGCAUCGCAAUCCGCCGUCGCCGCGGCGGCAAAUGAGGCGGUGGGAACUGCAAUUGCCUCCGAACCUGUCCGGAAUAUCAAGCUUCUGAUAGUGUUCUACUCGAUGUACGGCCACGUCGAAGGACUCGCGAAGCGGAUGAAGCGUGGGGCUGACUGCGUCGACGGCGUUGACGCCGUAAUCUACCGUGUUCCGGAGACGCUUGACGACGACGUGCUGACGAAAAUGCGCGCGCCGCCGAAGGAUGACUCCAUCCCCGUUCUGGAAUCGGUGGAGGAACUGGCCGGCGCGGACGGUUUUCUGUUCGGUUUCCCGACGAGGUACGGAUGUAUGGCUGCGCAGAUGAAGGCGUUUUUUGAUUCGACCGGACAGCUGUGGAGAGGCCAGAACCUCGCCGGUAAACCUGCCGGUUUUUUCGUCAGCACCGGAACUCAAGGCGGCGGCCAGGAGACUACUGCGUGGACGGCGAUCACUCAAUUGGCGCAUCACGGGAUGCUGUUUGUUCCCAUCGGGUACACCUUUGGAGCCGGCAUGUUUAAAAUGGAUGCUGCCCGAGGGGGCACUCCUUAUGGCGCCGGAGUCUUUGCCGGCGAUGGCACCAGGGAGCCGAGCGAAACUGAGCUGGCGCUGGCAGAGCAUCAGGGCAAGUACAUGGCGGCCAUUGUCAAGCGGCUUGCCCUCGGUUAAGAUGGCCGGCCGCCACCGGAGAUGGCAUCUCCGGCGGAAUUAAGUAAUUUCCUGAACAGAAGCAUCCUUGAUUGAUUGUUUGAACAUUUGUAUGCAUUGUUUUCUUCCUUUUGUGUUCUCUUCUGAAUGGCAUCAAAUUCCAUGGUUGUUAUUGUUGUUGAAAUUGAACAUUGGGUAUAACUAUUGUUGUUGAUAUUCAACAUUGAAAAUUAUUGUUUAAGUUUUUAAGGCUGAA